UCGGCUAUCUCCCCAACUCUUUUAUGUUCCCAACAACCCACAUAAACCCCAUUUCAUCAACACACUUCCCAGUCUAUCUUUUAGCUUCUAUCUCUACUUUUUAUCUCUAAAUUAAACUUCAUCUUCUCGAUCUCAAGCUUAACUUUUAGUCAACUAAAGUAGUAAUCAAUGGCUGCUUUACUCAUUUCCGUUCUCAUCUUCUCCAUGGCUACUCAUUCAAGUGCAACAUGGUGUGUGUGUAAAAAAGGUGGUGAUGACAAAGUGUUACAACAAGCAAUAGACUAUGCUUGUGGAAAUGGAGCAGAUUGCACCCAAACCCAUCAAGGUGGCAAAUGCUUUAACCCGGAUACAGUUAUGGACCAUUGUAACUAUGCGGUCAAUAGCUAUUUCCAAAACAAGGGUCAGACUGCUGAAGCUUGUAACUUCAAGGGUGCAGCCAUGGUCACAACCACAGAUCCCAGUUCCAAUGGGUGUACCUAUCCUACAUCAGCCAGUGGCACGACCGGGUCAACUACCAACACACACACGCCGGGUUCCAACCCCACUACUUCAUUUGGUAACAACCCAACAAAUACUGGUGUGUUAGGCGGCGGAAUGGGAUCGUUGGGUCCGUCUGCAUCUAGCAUGGACACAGACGUUAGCCAUGGUGGAAUGAUGUUACGUCAACGAACAAAUGUAUUAUGUUCGUUGGCUAUAAUGGGUGCGGCAAUCGUUAUGCUUACAUGGGGUUAAUGUAAAACAUUAGUUUAGCUAGCUAGCGUUGGUUCUACUUGACCACUUAGUAUUCUAUUUUGGGAAUAUAUAUAAGAGACAACCUUAGAUUUUGGCUUUUGUUA